ACAUCGAUAUGCCAACAAUUUUUCUGUUACACGCGAAGUAGUAAUUCGAUUAAUAUGCCCGAGUCCUUAAACAUUUAUUAACUAGGUAUCAACUGCGUGUGGUAUAGCGAUCGUAGUUAUUCUACUCAACACUUGUCUUUCUCCAUGAUGGGUCUAUUGAAUAUACUGAAGAAGUUGCGUUCUAACCCUGAGAAAGAGCUAAGAUUGCUACUUCUUGGGCUAGACAAUGCUGGUAAAACGACGCUUUUGAAGCAGCUAGCAUCUGAAGAUGUGACGCACGUCACUCCAACAGCUGGGUUCAACAUUAAGUCGGUGUUGUCCAGUGGCUUCAAGCUCAAUGUGUGGGACAUCGGCGGGCAAAGGAAGAUUAGACCUUACUGGCGGAAUUACUUUGAAAAUACUGAUAUUUUAAUUUACGUAGUAGAUUGCUCAGACCACCAAAGGCUGGAGGAGACAAGUCAGGAGCUGUCAGAAUUGCUACAAGAUGACAAGCUUCGGAAUGUACCACUCCUAGUCUACGCCAACAAGCAGGAUUUGUCUACUGCAUUGCCUGCAAGUGAGGUGGCGACCCAUCUCGGUCUACACCUGAUCAGGGACCGCACUUGGCAGAUACAGGGCUGUGUGGCUACCGACGGCACCGGAGUUAAAGAAGGAAUGGAGUGGGUGUGCAAGAAUAUCCCAGUUAAAAAGUAAUCCAAUUACUAUUAAAAAUAUGUGGCUUUCCAGCAGAGAAGGGUCCUUAUGCUUCACCUGCAAUAAGGACCUUUUUAUCAGAAUUUCAAUUGAAAUUUCAGAUUGAAACAUCCUUAUUGCACUGAGGAACCUUCUGUGGUGGAAAGCCACAUAUUAGCCUUAUCAAUAUCAUAGUUGUAAUACCUAUGCUUUGAAUUUUCACUAGAGAUAGAAAGUUGCCACAUUUUUGAUCUCAUAUCUCAAAGGCUUAAUAUAGAUAAGAUAUUAUUUUUUUGUAUUAAGUUUAGUUAAUGUGGAAACUAAGAUUUCAAAUGAUCGAGAGAAUCGAAAGAAUUAGACUAAUAUUGAGUACUAGUAUUUUUACUAAAAAUACUAAUUAGUAGUUAUUU